AUGGAGUCUUGUGUUCCACCAGGUUUUAGGUUUCACCCGACAGAAGAAGAACUUGUGGGUUACUACCUGAAAAGAAAGAUCAACUCACUACAAAUUGAUCUAGACGUCAUUAUUGACAUUGACCUGUACAAAAUUGAACCAUGGGACAUACAAGAUACUGAGCUACAUGUGUCUUAUGUAUGGUGUGGUGCAGCAAGAUGCAAGCUAGGUUACAGUGAACAGAAUGAGUGGUACUUCUUCAGUCACAAAGACAAGAAGUACCCGACCGGAACUCGGACAAAUAGAGCCACGGCUGCCGGAUUCUGGAAGGCAACAGGAAGGGACAAGGCAGUGCUUUCAAAGAACAACAUUAUAGGAAUGAGGAAAACCCUUGUGUUCUACAAGGGACGAGCACCUAAUGGGAACAAAACUGACUGGAUCAUGCAUGAAUAUCGCCUCCAAACAUCUGAACAUGCACCCCCUCAGGCAAUGGAGUAUGGUGACGUGGAAGAAGGAUGGGUUGUAUGCCGGGCAUUCAAGAAGCCAAGCCCUAGCCACAGGCAAGGUUUUGAAGCACUGAAGCAUGCUUACUAUAUCAGAGAACAUAACAGCCACGCUUCAUCCUCAAAUUUUGGGAGUGAGAUGCAUAUGGUGAACCCGAGCCUAGGUUUUCAAUAUCAAUCCUUUGGUUUGGAUCAGCAAGAUCAUCUCAUUUCAAACCAUAUUUUCAUGGGCAACCAACUCACAGAACUUCCUCAACUAGAGAGCCCAAGCAUUUCAACAAGCUUGGCCAACAAACAAGGUGUGCAUGAGCAGCAAAACAAUAAUAUAACCACUGAACACUAUGACGACCAAAGGAGCAACAUGAAUGGCAGUGAUCAGCACAUAGACUGGAGAAAUUUGGACAGCUUACUUGAAGUGCCAUUGAUACCCCAAAAUUAUGAGCAAGAAGCUCAAAACCACCAUCUUCUUGGAUGCUUUCCUGACUUGUAA